UGAUCGUUAAAUAAUACUUGUAACUAAUUUUUACGCAUUGUCAUUAGAAGGUGAGCAAAGUCUGUCAGUAACUCACUAACUGAUUUGUCGAAACUUCCGGGAUUGUAACCUUAGGAAUUGGUUGUUGUAUCGAGAUCUUCAUUUUACUGCACAAUGGUGAACGUGAUCCACUGACUUCGGAAAUCACUUAUCUGCGUUGAACUUCAUUUGCCAUCAUGUCGGGUGUCAGCGUACAUUUGAACAUCUGUGAUAUCCCAUACAAUAUUCAGUUAAAAUUACAAACUUUCUUAGAUGUCUUAGACACCAAUAAAAAUUGGCGAGGGCUGAUAGCUGCUAUUCCAGAUAACCCUUAUAGUGCUCAAGAAAUUGACAUGUUUGGAUUAGAUAUUUUGCGAUUUGGCAGCAGCCCAACAGCGUCAUUGCUGAGAGAUCUUGGUAAUAAAGGGCGAACGGUUAAACAACUUAUAAGUUAUUUAGAAGUUUUAAAACAUGAACCGGCAUUGAUGCUACUGAAAAAAGAAGAGCCAAUUAGCAUCAUUUCACAGCCACAGGCUGUCAAUAUUCAAAAUGGUGGUACAUUAGAACUAUCGUGUAAUGCGAUGGGUUUCCCAUAUCCUAAGUAUGUAUGGUUUCGUACAGUGGAUAAAGAAAUCAACGGCAACCGCAUCCGGCAAAGUAUUGAGGUUGAGAAUGGUUGUGACCGGGUUUUGAGAAUUGAACAAAUCACAACAGAUUACAAUGGAAUGUACAUAUGCCGAAUACAUAAUAGGAUUAGUUACCAGUUCACAAACUGGGUACACGUCAAGGUAAUCGCUAAAACUGAUCCCCCAGUGAUCAUAGAGCAACCACGAUCACAAUGUAUUGAAAUUGGACGACCUUUGAAACUGACGUGUGAGGCAAUUGGACGCCCAGCUCCUAAGUACCAAUGGUUCAGAAAUGAACAACAUAUGGUAGAACAGACUUCUUCUGAGAUAUAUUAUGAUGUUUCAGCCAGUCAGGAUGCUGCUAAAUACCGAUGUAAAGUUUACAAUAACAGUGGCGAGGUCUGGUCAGAUACAGUGCAAAUCACUAUCAUUCAAGCUGGACCUCCUGUGAUAAGAAGACAACCAGAUUCAGUGCGGUGCCCUCUUGGUCAUGAUGUUUCAUUUCAUUGUGAAGUCACAGGCAUUGAACCCAUAUCUUAUCAGUGGUAUGAUGCAAAGUCUCUAAUAAGAGGGGCUAUUAAAUCUGAGCUGUGUAUAAAUAAAGUCAAAUAUCAACAUAGAGGAUGGUAUCAGUGUCAUAUCAGGAAUGGCUACGGCGAUGUUAUAACUGAAAAAGCAACAUUGGAAAUAGAGAGUCGUCCUCCUCUUCCUCCACCACAACAACUAACUCAGUAUUUUGCAACUGAUAAGGUUGCCUUGGUGAUAGGUAAUCAAGAUUAUCGAUGUGAGCAACAGUUGAAAGCUCCCGUGAAAGAUGCGUAUACAAUAACAGAAAUACUGACAACAGAGUGUAAUUACAAAGUGGUCUCAUUGAUUGAUCUGACACUUUCUGAAAUGGAGGCUGCUGUUAGUGCUUUUUCUGAAUUGUUGGAUUCUGGUGUCUAUGGAUUGUUUUACUUUGCUGGUCACGGGUUUGAAACUCAAGGUCAGAGUUACUUACUUCCGGUUGAUGCGCCUAGUUACUACACAACUGAAGACUGUCUCUGUGCUCAGUAUAUCUUAGAUAAAAUGCAACAAAGGAAUACAGGACUCAAUGUACUCUUACUGGACAUCUGCAGAAAAGAAAAUGUGUGUAACGGGGCAAAACCUGAGAAUGUGAUUCCAUAUAAACCAAGAGUGUGUGGAAAUACUGUUUUUGGAUAUGCAUCUUCUCCAAAUACACAAGCAUUUGAGUUAAAAGAUGCGUCUAAUGGAAUCUUCAUGAAAUAUUUGAAAUUACAUUUGGCAUCCAGAUUAAAAGUCAAUACUAUGCUUGAUAAAGUAAUAGAAGCUAUCAAGGAUGACAAAGAUGUACGGGAAAAACAGUAUCCAGAGGUCAAGAGUGAUCUGCGGGACCAUCGUACUCUACGAGAUGAGAUCAUCAGCGACGGUCACACACAGGAGUUUAAUAUCCGUAGAAUGAGAUGGGAAGAAGCUCAUCUCAUGCCGAUGAACCCAUUAUUGGUAGCUUUUGAUUUACAAACAUUUCAAGUUAAAGUUAAGAUCCAUUUUACUGCGGAAUUCUCCAAUGUGAUGCUGAUAUACGUGCAGGUUGUAGAUCCCGGUAAAGCCACUCGAUGUAUUGCUACGCUUCACAAUUUUCCAAAGGAGCUGGAUGUAAAUAUAAAGUAUGCCAAUAGAAGUUAUAAUGACACUAUUGCAGAUUGCACCUAUCCACGUUUGCAACUGCCAGUCAAAGACAAAUCACUGAUCACAAGAAUCAAGAACAUACAGAAACUAACGAGUGACUUGGAGUUAACAGUAAUCUUGGACAUGGUAUAUGAAGGACAGAAAAUUCAGUCUACUUGCCCGGCAUUAAAAAUACCGCAGCCAGGAAUUUCUAAAUCUAAAAUCUUCCAAAGACGACCAGUUGAGCAGUCGUGUCCAUUGAAAUAGACGACUUGUUGAAAAGAAAUAUUGUGAAAGACACAGAUGUUACAUAUUGGAGAGAAGUGGGGGUGAGAAAAGAUGUACCAUUUACACAAUGACUGUUUGAAGCAAACACAAAAUUUGUAAUGCAUG